AGGUGCGGUGACGUCAGGGGCUGCUGGGUGUCCUCCCAGUCAUUCUUGGAAGGGGAAGCCUAAGCCGUGUACUACGCUCCCUCUGCCCGCUCCCGCCACCUAGGAAAAAAGCGGGGAAACCAAUCCUGGGAGAGGAAGCGGUCGCUUUAGAUUCCUUCUGGCCUCAGCUCCUCCACUAGGAGGGAGGGGAAGGGGGUGUCAGGGUAGAAGGGUCCCCUACCCCGUGCUAGAAGCAGGUGCGUCCUCUCUCUGGGGCGGCGGCGGUUGCCCGGGUAACGCGCUCCCCCGGAAGUCCCCAGAGCCUCUAGGAAGGCGAGCCUGACCCGUGGCGGCGGCGGCGGCGGCGGCGGCGGCGGCGGCACCACCGACUGCGGCAGCUUCGGUCCCAGCGGAAGAUGGCGGAGGGCGGUGUAGCUCACCCGGGCGAAGACCGGGGAGAGGAGGAGACUGAGGCGGCCCCAGUCACGGCCCCGGUCUCGGCCCCGCCGACCCCAGGUGGGCAUCGUCAGGAGAAGAGACACUCGGGGUCACGUGCAGGGCCCAGGCCUCCCACCGCCCGCGAUUUGCAGUUGGCCUUAGCAGAGUUAUAUGAAGAUGAAGUUAAGUGCAGAUCAUCAUUUCAAUCUGAGAAACCCAAGGCAAAAGUAUUUAAAAGCCCAAGAACACCACCUCAAAGGCUAUACUCAGGUGAACAUGAGUACAGUGGGCUACAUAUAUCAGGACCUUCAAAGACAACUGGAAAAAUCGUGGAUGAACUUUUCAAAGAAGCAAAAGAACAUGGAGCAGUUCCUCUGAAUGAAACCACAAGAGCUUCAGGUGAUGGUAACAAAUCAAAAUCAUUUUUGGGUGGUGGAUAUCGAUUGGGUGACUCCUCACGAAAGAGAUCAGAAUAUGUCUAUGGCGAAAAUCAGCUACAAGAUGUUCAAAUUUUGCUUAAACUUUGGAGCAAUGGCUUCAGUUUAGAUGAUGGAGAAUUAAGAUCUUACACUGAUCCAACAAAUGCACAGUUUCUGGAAUCUGUUAAAAGAGGUGAAAUUCCUCUGGAGCUUCAGCGACUAGUCCAUGGUGGACAGGUGAAUUUGGAUAUGGAAGAUCACCAGGAGCAAGAAUACAUAAAACCUAGAUUACGAUUCAAGGCUUUUAGUGGAGAAGGACAAAAACUUGGAAGUCUUACACCUGAAAUAGUCAGUACACCUUCAUCCCCAGAAGAGGAAGAGAAGUCGAUCGUUAAUGCAGUUGUUCUCAUUGAUGAUUCAGUGCCAACAACAAAAAUCCAAAUCAGGUUAGCGGAUGGAAGCCGCUUGAUACAGAGAUUCAACCACACCCAUAGGAUCAUGGAUGUUCGUGAAUUUAUUAUACAGUCUCGCCCUGAAUUUGCAACUCUUGGCUUUGUUCUCGUGACAACAUUUCCAAACAAAGAGCUAACUGAUGAAAGUUUGACACUUCAAGAAGCAGAUAUACUUAACACUGUGAUUCUUCAACAACUAAAGUAAUCUUGCUCUUAUCUCUGCAGUAGCAUGUGAGAUAAAUAAUGUGCCAUAUUUAAAAAAAAAAAGAACACUUCAAAAAAUAAUAAUUACCACAAGUAUUUUUUCCCAGAUCAAUCUUGCUUUUAUUAUUCUGUCUUCCAGCUUCAGCGUACCUAAAUCCAUUUUUAAUGGAUUUUUUGUAUUCUGUGUUGGUCCAAAUGUAGGCCACACUUUCCCUCCAAAUAUGGCUUGUAUAAACCUGAAUGCAGCCAGUAACUUUUUCCCCCCAAUGUUCAGCUAUAGAUUUCUUUGAAAAGAAAAAAAAAGGAGGGAUACAACCUGUAUCCAGGAGUAGCCAAUAUUUGGUCCAAUACAGUAAUUGUUCAUUUGGAUUUUUAGACUUUUUUAUAACUGAGCCUUCUUAUGUUUAUAAGUUCCAUAUUCCUGGAUAAAAAAUGAGUUACUCUCAGUGACAUAUCAAUUUUUAAAAGUGUGUGUAACCCUUGCAAAAUAAAACCACCUUUUUGAAUAUAUAUUAUAUUUGGUAACAUUUACACUAAAGUAUUUUGAUGCUAUGUUGACAGAUAGCCAUUUAAAAGUUUCUGAUCAGCUUAACUGAAAUUUUUCUUUUACUAUAAUUUAUAUAAUGAAAAUAUACCUAUAUUCUGAUUUAGAAGCAGACUGAUUAUGCAAAAAGCCAUUUUUAAUACAUAAGUUUUUACAUAUGAAUCUCCACAAAUUACAUUGGGUUUAUUAAUGAUAUUUAACAAUUUAGUUUGACCUUCAAGCAAAUAUAGUUUUUCUCCAUUCUGAUUCUAUUUCAGACACCAAACAAAAACACAUAAACCUCAGCAGUACUAGAAAUAGUGAUGUAGGCAAAUGCUGUCAACUAGUAGAACUCCAUGCUGUUUCCUAGAGUCAUCUGUAAUUACAUUCAAACCUAGGACACCUUACCCUAUCCCCACCCCUGCCCUGCCCCACUCCCCAGCAGAACUUCUAUUAAAAUUAAAAUUUACUGAUAGUGGUAUUUUUCAAGUAUUUCUUGCCUAAAAAACUGCACACAUAGAUAUUUGAAAUCAUUGCUAGAACGAUGACACAGGAGAGAUGAGUGACAAUAUGAAUGGCAACAUCAGAAGUGUUGGGAGAAUUCUUUUCUCUUUCUUCCCAAGUCACCAUUUUUUUUCUUAUGUGACUUUCCCCCAGCACUUUAUAUGACAAGGACACUUAGGAAUGUCUCUGCUUUGUCACUGCCAUUUUGCUAAAUCAGUUUUGUAAAUCAGUUUUGCACUGAGGCAACUGAACUUUACAAAACUCUUAGAAAAACAGUUCACUUUUUUUCCCCUUGGAGGUAGACUGAGCAGCAGUUUUAAUAAUGAAGUUGCUAGUCUUUUCCAUUGAGAGACUUUUCUCCAGUUUCCAACUUUCACUGAGAAUACUGCCAUUUGCCAGUAGUUUGAAACUAUUAUUUGGUCAUAAGAAAAUGAAAAUUGCAAAGAAAUUUAGCUCAAACCCUCUUUAAAAUUUCAUUCUUGUGGAUUUCCUUCUACAUUUGAUGAGAGUGGCCAUAGUUGCAUGUAUAAAAUUGGCUAUCAUGUUUGUGCAUUACUGUCUUCCAAAAUACUUGGACCCAUGUAAGAAGAUAAAAUUAAAUCCUUGAAAGAGAUAAUAUCACUUUAACAAGUAUUUAGUAAUGCUUUUCCGAAUGCUAUUUUCCUGAAAGACCUUUUAUUUAUUGAGUUAAUAUAAUUUAUUUAAAUUUUUUGACCUCAAAAAGUAGGCCAUAUUUGUUUUGCAUGAUGGUGUAAGCAAUGUUUUUCAUUUCAUGCUAAUCAAUAAAGAAGUUUGUACUUGACAAA